AUGGAGCGCGCCUGGAGCACCCGCACGCACCAGCACGUCAAGGAGGCGUGCGAGAAUGGCAGCGCCAUGAUCGAAAAGCUCUCCAAGCUGUCGGGCAAGUCCCAGGUGUACAGCGUGGCGCACGCCUUCCCCACCUAUGCCGGCCACGUGCCGCUGACAGAGUACGGCACCCAGGAGGGCGUCCCCAACAAGCUCUACUUUGCGCUCAUCUUCUACCGCAGCGUGAAGGCUGGCAUCCUGCUGGGGCUGGAGCAGGGGCAGGGCUUUGUGAUUGCCAGGCUGGGCGGGCCCACCAGCAACAAGUGGAGCGCGCCCGCCUUUGUGCGUGUGACGGGUGUGGAGCUGGGCCUGGUGGCGGGCAUGGACAGGGCGGAGACGCUGGUGGGGGUGAUGUCUGACCGCGCGCUGGAUGCCCUCAUCGACUCGGAGGCCAAGUUCAACAUGUCCUCAAACUGGAACUUUGAGAUCACUCCGCUGGAGGAGAACAAGGAGGGCGGCCCCAACCCCCAAUGGAUCUUCAACACCGACUUCACCUCUACCUCCGUGGGCAAGGGCAUCAUGGCUGACGUGGCGCUGCAGGGCACCCGCAUCUACUUUGACACCUACUGGAACGACCACUGCUACGGCACCAGCAGGGCCGCCGACAUCCUGCGAGGCAGCGUGGAGCCUCCCCCCGAGCUGUCUGUGAUGACCGACAAGCUGCUGGCCUGCUGCUCGCCCCAGCUGGCGGGCAUCAACCAGCCCCUUCGCCCCUCCAUGUUUGGCCCCGGGGAGGUGGAGCCAGGCGCCGCCCAGACCACCACCACCACCCCGGUGCAGGCGCCGGUGUCGCCCUCCCCGGCGGCCGUCCGCUAG